UCUGAACUAGUGAACUGCCUUCAAAACAACUCCAAUGAAAAAAUAAAUAAAAAUUCACUAUAUCCAGACACCGGGGGCUAAUUCAACGAAUUUUCCCGGUUAGAAUCGUCCACAGUGAGACGACAAACGCGAAAAAUAAUUUUGUGAAGUGGUAAUCGGCACCUCGGGGACAGUUUUAGUCCGAACGAAUGUGAUUAAUACAGUUAGUUAAUUGUUCGUACCGUAUUAUGAAAGCAAUGGCUCAUCACUACGUCGUCACUGCCCACAAACCGACGGCUGUAACCGCCUGUGUCACCGGUAAUUUCACGUCUCCUACGGAUCUCAAUCUCAUUCUCGCGAAGAACACGAGGUUGGAGAUCUAUUUGGUUACCCCAGAGGGGUUGAGGCCGUUGAAGGAGGUGGGAAUUUAUGGAAAAAUUGCUGUCAUCAAGUUCUUUCGACCACCGUACGAAAAAAAAGAUCUUCUCUUCCUCCUCACAACCCGCUACAAUGCCAUGAUCCUAGAAUGCUCCGGAGAGGGUGAGGACAUCGAAAUAAUCACCAAAGCACACGGCAACGUAGCUGACAGAAUAGGAAAGCCAUCGGAAACUGGAAUAAAAGCUGUGAUAGACCCGAAGGCUCGAGUCAUCGGUCUUCGUCUCUACGAUGGCCUCUUCAAGAUCAUUCCCCUGGACAAAGACAAUCCUGAGCUGAAAGCCUCCUCCAUUCGCAUGGACGAACAACAAGUUCAGGAUGUCAACUUUCUUCAUGGCUGUGCCAAUCCCACGUUGAUCAUCAUUCAUCAGGACAUCAAUGGACGACACGUCAAGACUCACGAAAUUUCCCUGAGGGACAAAGAGUUUGUUAAAACCCUUUGGAAGCAGGACAACGUCGAGAGGGAGUCCAUGAUGGUGAUACCAGUGCCCUCACCCAUAUGUGGAGCCAUCAUCAUUGGUCAGGAGAGCAUUCUGUAUCAUGAUGGAACGACUUAUGUUGCUGUUGUCCCUCCCAUCAUCAAGUACAGCACCAUAACCUGUUAUGCGAAGGUCGACGCCCAGGGUCUUCGCUACCUCCUCGGUGACAUGGCAGGCCACCUCUUCAUGCUCUUCCUCGAGCAGGAGAAGAAGCUGGACGGUACCCUCGUCAUCAAGGACCUCAAGGUCGAGCUUCUCGGUGAAGUCAGCAUACCCGAGUGCAUCACAUACCUCGACAAUGGCGUCAUCUUCGUUGGCAGUCGUCUGGGUGACUCUCAACUCAUAAAACUCAUCACAAAAGCCGAUGAAAAUGGCUCUUACUGCGUUCCCAUGGAGACCUUCACCAAUCUCGCCCCCAUCGUCGACAUGGCAGUGGUUGACCUUGAGCGUCAGGGCCAGGGUCAGAUGGUGACGUGCUCCGGGGGCUUUAAAGAGGGUUCACUUCGGAUUAUAAGAAAUGGAAUUGGCAUUCAGGAACACGCCAGUAUCGAUUUACCUGGGAUAAAGGGUAUGUGGGCCCUCAAGGUCGGUAAUAAGACCUUUGAUAAUACCCUGGUGGUGUCGUUCGUCGGCCAGACCCGUAUUCUGACGUUAAACGGUGAGGAAGUCGAGGAGACGGAAAUACCGGGUUUUGUGUCCGAUGAGCAGACGUUUUAUACUGGAAAUGUCACCGAUGAUCUUCUCCUUCAGGUCACCCCAGUUCUCGUUCGUGUGAUAUCCCACGAGAGAAAAUCCGUGGUAUCCGAGUGGGAGCCAGACAACAAGCGUACCAUAUCCGUUGUCGCAUGCAAUGGCCGUCAGAUCCUCUGCGCAACUGGUAACGAUCUCUUCUACCUCGAGGUCAUUCACGAAAAAAUCAUCUCCAAGGGCUUCAUCAGCCUCCCCCACGAGGUCGCCUGUCUCGACAUAUCUCCAAUCGACAGCUGUCCAGAGGCAAAAAUCGUCGCUGUCGGACUCUGGACCGACAUCUCCAUCAGAAUCCUGACCCUUCCACACCUAGAGGAGAUCAACAAGGAGCUUCUUGGUGGGGAAAUCAUCCCCAGGUCUAUCCUCAUGACCUGCUUCGAGGGCAAUAUCUAUCUUCUUUGUGCUCUUGGUGAUGGAUCCAUGUACUACUUCACCCUGACGAAGGACAAUGGUGUCCUUGGGGAUAAGAAGAAGGUGACCUUGGGAACACAACCGACGGUCCUGAGGACAUUCAGAUCCCUGUCGACGAUGAAUGUGUUCGCAUGUUCGGAUCGUCCAACUGUCAUCUACUCCUCGAAUCACAAAUUAGUCUUCAGCAAUGUCAACCUGAAGGAGGUGAAUCACAUGUGUUCACUUAACGCUGAAUCCUAUCCUGACAGUCUCGCCCUGGCGACGGACUCCACCGUGACGAUUGGUACAAUCGACGAGAUUCAGAAGCUCCACAUCAGGACUGUCCCGCUGGGGGAAUCCCCGAGGAGAAUUGCCUAUCAGGAGUCGUCGCAGACAUUUGGAAUCAUCACGAUGCGAGUUGAUGUUCAGGAAAGCACUGGAGUCAGCAUCGUCAGGCCGUCGGCGUCGACGCAGGCGACGUCAACGUCGAGUUCCUCCCACGUGGCGCCUCAUAACAAACCUGGUCACACCGCGUCCAGUGAAAUUGGACAGGAAAUUGAGGUACACAAUCUCCUCAUCAUUGAUCAGCACACCUUCGAGGUCCUUCACGCUCACACCCUGAUGCCAAACGAGUACGCGUUGUCCCUGAUAUCGACGAGACUCGGUAAAGAUCCGACGUCGUAUUUCGUCGUGGGUACGGGAUUGGUGAAUCCUGAUGAGUCGGAGCCGAAGAUGGGGAGGAUUUUGUUGUUUCAGUGGAAUGAUGGGAAGUUUAGUCAGGUAGCGGAGAAGGAGAUCAAGGGGGCGUGUUAUUCACUGGUGGAGUUUAAUGGUAAACUUUUGGCGAGUAUCAACAGUACGGUCAGGUUAUUCGAGUGGACCGCCGAGAAGGAGCUGAGACUCGAGUGCAGUCACUUCAACAACAUCAUCGCCCUCUUCCUGAAGACCAAAGGGGAUUUUGUUCUCGUCGGUGAUCUCAUGAGGUCCUUCACUCUCCUCCAGUAUAAGACGAUGGAGGGGAGUUUCGAGGAGAUCGCCAGGGAUUACAACCCCAACUGGAUGACAGCCAUUGAGAUUCUUGAUGAUGACACCUUCCUGGGGGCUGAGAACUGCUUCAACUUGUUCGUCUGCCAAAAGGACAGCGCAGCAACCAAUGAAGAGGAGAGACAGCAGAUGCAGGCGGUGGGACAGUUCCACCUGGGGGACAUGGUCAAUGUCUUCAGGCAUGGAUCACUGGUGAUGCAGCACCUGGGGGAGAGCAGCACACCAACACAGGGGUGUGUUCUCUUUGGAACUGUUGGGGGAGCGAUUGGUCUCGUGACCCAAAUUCCUUCGGGUUUUUACGAGUUCCUGAGGAACCUCGAGGACAGGCUGACGUCGGUCAUCAAGAACGUGGGGAAGAUCGAACAUCACUUCUGGAGGAGCUUUAAUACCGAGUUGAAGGUGGAACAGUGCGAGGGGUUCAUCGAUGGUGACCUCGUCGAGAGCUUUUUGGAUCUGAAUCAUGAGAAGAUGACGGAGGUGGCGAUGGGACUCACGAUUGAUGAUGGAAGUGGUAUGAAAAAAGAGGCGACUGUCGAUGACCUCGUGAAAAUCGUCGAGGACCUCACGAGGAUACACUGAACAUCAGCCGAAUCCCUCCGAGAUUUAAUUUGCCGAGUAGAUGUUGUCAAUGUGCACUUAUAUCCGUCACUGGACACUGAUUUUUCCAUAAACAUUGAAUGUUAUUCCUGAGGGGGAGGUGUCAUCAGCAAAAACCUGACAAUUGGACAUCAGUGAAGAAGGAAAGAAAAUACUCUCAGUGAAAUGUCUGUGGUAAUAUCGACUGGCAGGAAUGUCUAUCAUUUGGCAGUACAUAACAUAAUUACAUUAGGUUUAUACCUGUUAAAGGUGGAUUGUAUAAAAUAAAAACAUAAUUAUAUAAUUGA